CUGCGACGUGACUGGUCGGUUGUGUAGGUGCAGCAGCCAAGGAGCCCGGCGGCGAGCAAGGGACACGAACGGGACCCCCGGCUCGGAGGAACUGCGGCCCGCGCCGCCGCGUCACGCAUACUCUGGGCGCCGCGAGACACACAUAACGAUACUAGAUUUGCGCUGCAUCUUGGAAUUCAUCUACACUUAAAAUGCCACCUGCUAUUGGAGGACCAGUGGGAUAUACCCCCCCAGAUGGAGGCUGGGGGUGGGCAGUGGUAGUUGGAGCUUUCAUUUCUAUUGGCUUCUCCUAUGCAUUUCCCAAAUCCAUCACUGUCUUCUUUAAAGAGAUUGAAGUUAUAUUCAGUGCAACAACCAGUGAAGUGUCAUGGAUAUCAUCUAUCAUGUUGGCUGUCAUGUAUGCUGGAGGUCCUAUCAGCAGUGUCUUGGUGAAUAAAUAUGGCAGCCGUCCAGUAAUGAUCGCUGGUGGCUGCCUGUCUGGUUGUGGCUUGAUCGCAGCUUCUUUCUGUAACACGGUGCAGGAACUUUACUUGUGCAUUGGUGUUAUUGGAGGUCUUGGGCUUGCUUUCAACUUGAACCCAGCUCUGACUAUGAUUGGCAAGUAUUUCUACAAGAAGCGACCAUUGGCCAAUGGACUGGCCAUGGCAGGCAGCCCUGUGUUCCUCUCUACCCUGGCUCCACUUAAUCAGGCUUUCUUUGGUAUUUUUGGCUGGAGAGGAAGCUUCCUAAUUCUUGGGGGCCUCCUCCUAAACUGUUGUGUAGCUGGAUCCCUGAUGCGACCAAUAGGGCCUGAUCAAGUCAAGCUAGAAAAACUCAAGUCCAAAGACUCUCUACAGGAAGCUGGAAAAUCUGAUGCAAAUACAGAUCUCAUUGGAGGAAGUCCCAAAGGAGAAAAGCUAUCAGUCUUCCAAACAAUUAAUAAAUUCCUGGACUUGUCCCUGUUUACCCAUAGAGGCUUUUUGCUGUACCUGUCUGGAAAUGUGGUCAUGUUUUUUGGACUCUUUACCCCUUUGGUCUUUCUUAGUAAUUAUGGUAAGAGUAAGCAUUUUUCCAGUGAGAAGUCAGCCUUCCUCCUUUCCAUUUUGGCAUUUGUUGAUAUGGUAGCCAGACCAUCCAUGGGACUUGCAGCCAACACCAAGUGGAUCAGACCUCGGAUCCAGUACUUUUUUGCUGCUUCUGUUGUUGCAAAUGGAGUGUGCCAUUUGCUAGCACCUUUGUCUACAACCUACGUUGGGUUCUGUAUCUACGCGGGAGUCUUUGGAUUUGCCUUUGGUUGGCUCAGCUCCGUAUUAUUUGAAACAUUGAUGGACCUCGUUGGACCCCAGAGGUUCUCCAGUGCUGUUGGCUUGGUGACCAUUGUGGAAUGCUGUCCUGUCCUUCUAGGGCCACCACUUUUAGGCCGCCUCAAUGACAUGUAUGGAGACUACAAAUACACGUACUGGGCCUGCGGUGUGAUCCUCAUCAUCGCGGGCGUCUAUCUCUUCAUUGGCAUGGGCAUCAAUUAUCGACUUGUGGCCAAGGAACAGAAAGCGGAGGAGAAGCAGAAAAGGGAAGGUAAAGAGGACGAGACCAGCACCGAUGUGGAUGAGAAGCCAAAGGAGACGAUGAAAGCAGCACAGUCGCCGCAGCAGAGCAGCUCCGGGGACCCCGCAGAGGAGGAGAGUCCAGUCUGACCUGUGAAGCAUGAAGAGAGCAGCGUGUGACCCACGACAUCCGAAACAUCCUGCUGGCCUCUAGUCUACCAGUGGUGCUCAGUGCAGACAGUGGACAUUUGUGUGGAAAACCUACCAGGUGUUCAUUGGUGGGAUUUUUUUUUUCACUCCUUACCAAUGCCUGAAUUUAAAAUAUACAAUGCUUUCGGUAGGGAGUGGUUGGCAAAGGAUAUGGGAAAGAAGUAGUGAUUUUUUGUUUGUUUGUUUGUUUUGUUUUGUUUUAAUCUUAGCUUUUAACAGUGUCAUGAAGAUUAUAAUAUGUGCCUUAAAUUUUAGUUUUUAGAACUCUUUAGAGAGCCUUAACUUUUAAAACCAUUCUGCUGAAUUCAUCUGUUUUAAUUGUCAUUUUAAAAGGAAAAAUAACAACUAGCUUGCUUGAGGUAACUAACCUUAAUCUUGUUUUGUUGUUGUUUGUAGUGCUUUGUCAGACAUUGUUACCAGAACAUUUGUGAAUAGAAAUAUUGGUCAAAAGUCGCAGGUUUAUAAAACACUGACUAAAGUAUUUUUCUAGCAUUAUAGUUGCCUGGCAUAUCUGCCUGCUAGGUAUAUAUUUAAGAAAUUUGAAGCAUAAAAUUCUGGGAACAUCUUGGCAGUUCCAGCCACAGCCUGUCACCUACUGGGCACCUCUUCUCAAAUGCUUACUACAGCCUCAUGCUAAAAUGUUAUCACUAAAUUGUUACCUUUGUUCCUAUUCACAGACACUGAGUGGUUAGAGGUAAUUGGCCAUUUUUGAAAUCAACUGCAAAAAGUUAGUAUUAACAUCUACAAAACAAUUCCUUAAUUGUUUGAUUUAAUGUAGACAGUAUUUCUGGCAUCAGCUGAAUUCAGCAUAGGUUUUCCCAAAACCUUGGUUAUGGUGUGAGAAUCUUAGGGUAUGUGUGGGUUUGAGGGGCUUUGAGGUCUUGGUUUUUAGGAUUGAACCCAGGGCCAUAAGCAUGCUAGGCAUAUGCUGUACCACUGAGCCACAACCCACAGGCACCCUGGAAUCCUUCUCCUUAACCCAACCCCUGAAACCCUUUCUCUUGAUUUUUUGAUAGUUUCAUUUAUAUUAUUACUAGUUUAGAGCUGUAUGUGAGAUAUUCAGUACAGACUGAAUGUAUGUGCUUUUUGUUUUUUACAUUGUUUUUCAGUAUUUGCAAAACCAAGAGGGUCAGUGUUUGGCCUCAGGGAAGCCAAUAAAGAUAACUAGGGAGGAAGUUGGCGAGUACAGUAAGUGCCCACCUCCCUGCCAUACACCAAGGCUUAAAGAGGAAUUUCUAUCAUGCUUACAAUUAUUUGACAUAGUCUUACCUCCACAUCUUAACUUUCAUGACCCUUUCACUUACCAGAAAUGUAGGAAAAUGGGUUCAACGUAAGGAUAGGAGGAAAGAUGGACCAGAUUGGAAUUAUAGUGUUUUUUUUUUUUUUAACCUGAUGUCUUCUGAAUAGAGGCAGAAAAAAAUAAGACAUAUGACACUGAAUUGUACUCAAUGUGUUUAAAAUACCAUUGUAAUUGACAGGGUGAAUAUAGAUUUAAAACCUUGUGUAAGAAGCUGACUUUUUCCAAAUAAAACAUUUAUUUUAUUUUUAGAAAACA